ACCCAGAUUAUAAACAGGGACGUGCUAAAUGUAACUAUUGUGAACAUAAAUGCAAUAAAUCAGUUGUAAGAUGCAAAGGACAUUUAAAAUUAUAUGACUAUAUCAGUUUAGAAAUCAAAAAAGAAUACUUUGGAUUUACAUUUCAAGAGCCAGAAAAAAGAAAUUCAGCAACCAAUAUAA